AUGGAUAUGCGCCUAGGCCUACGCGUUAGCGACGAGGAGGUAGAUUCACGCGUCGCCCCGCAAUCAACCUCAUCACAAAUAGAACCUUUUUCGGCUACUUCGUCAACACCGCCCCACUCCCACGGGUCACCAAACAUUACCGACAUUUCCUCGGCAGAUGAAGAAAAAGAUGUUUGCGCCUCGAUUGGGCAGACUCAGGCUAACGAUGACGUGACAGGACCCUUGUUAUCUUCCGAUGUUACAUCACUCGAUGAUCAAGUUCAGAGUGCCAAUGUGGGUGAAUAUUUCGCUAAGGAAGAUCUCGCGUACUCGGCGCAUGAACAUUUUCAGGAAGGUGACCGUUUUGAAAACCCGAACCAUUCUAACCCAAGUUCAAUUCAGUCCGAAAACUACUAUUGCGACGAAGAGAGAUCGGACACGUAUGUUCGGGAUUUUCAAUCUUUCGCAACAGCCGCCACCUCAAAUGGUACUAACCGGGAGGAGCUGUCCGAAACGCAACAUUCGAACGACCAACUUCAUUAUCUCUUGAACGGAAACAAUCGAAAUUGUUUUGACGUUUCUUCAUCCUCCAUUAACAACAACUUUGAGCAAGAUACCUACAUAUUUAAUAGCGAUCAUAAUCAUGUCUCUUCUGAAUGGCAUUCCAUAGUCACCCGCAGCUCCAGUAUGUCAAGUCCAAAUCGACACGAAAUUUCCAAUGUCAACUCGACGCAAGGAGAUCUAUACGGUAAAGGUCAAGCCCCCCUUUUGCCGGGGCCCAUUCCAACCACAACUUCAUAUAGUACCAUCAGUCCAUAUCUUCCGGGCGACGAAAACGAGCAGAACCUUGGGCGCAGAUCACUAUAUUCUGAGCCUGUGUUUCGAUCGUGGCAGCAGCAACAGACAAUUCGCACCGAGUCAACGGGCUACCAUCGGAAAGAUACGUCGGCUUCGUUAGAUCAACGACCAAACUCGAAAUUUGAGGAAGUUUGUGAUAACGUCGAGGAAUGUAAUCAAAGGACCUUACCACUAGGAAUGAAAACCACAAUUAAUUCUCUCUCAAAUUUUCCUUCUUUCAUGGAACCUUCUCGACCAAAUUUUCAACAUCUCGCGUGUUGCGACGAUCCAUGUUGCAAGGAGGCCUGCGGAUACGACGGUAACUCAUGGAAUGGCACGGACAAUAAUUCCGAUUACGCUGCUCUCGUGCAGUAUCAACCAUCCUCGAUGGAUCAUACAGAUUCGCGUUCAAAUGUUCCCACCAUUCGAUGGAACGAAAACUUGACGAAUCAAGGGAACUCACCAAUUCCCUCUCAGAACUCUUCUUUACCCACGAACAAUCGCUACUUUCAAUCGCAGUCUCAUAAACGGGCCAUUCAAGAUAAUUUCUUUGUCGACAUGGCAUACAACGAAUCAAACUCCUCGUCAUACCUUUUGCCCACGAUCUCCAAUGUCCAAAGGAAACCAGCCAAUGACAUAUUUUGUAAGCGCACCAAAUCCAUGGUCAACAACAGCAAUUCGGUCUCGAUCAUCGCAUCGGAUGAUGGCAAUUCCGAGGAUAUGUUGAUGCCGAUAACUUCGUCCAUCGGCUUUGGAAAUCAUGAUGCGAUGAUUCAAAAAUACGAAUCAUAUCAACUUCGACCAAAAAUAGAUUUGAAUGACAACAUUCCAGAGACCCCGGAACCACCAUUCGAUGUGAGCGAUCAAAGACCCGACUCUCGACCGCGAAGGCAAAAACUAAAAUAUCCGGGGGACAUGUAUACGCCUCAAUGGGUUCGUUAUUCUGGGCAUUCGAAGGAAGGAUAUUGUGACAAUUGCAAACCUGGCAAGUGGUUGCAGUUGAAGAACAGCGCUUACUGGUAUCACAAGCAAUUUUACCACGGAAUUUCCUCGGUCUCCGGAAAAAUGUUUGUUCCGCCACUGGAGACGCGUAAAUUUGAAACUGGCGAUUGCACUGAAGGACUUUGUCAUCAGUGUAAUCAGUGGGUUCCGAUUUCCACAAGCAAGAAAAAGAAUUCAAUGCUUUGGUUCAGACACGCACAUAAAUGUCAUGUAUACGUAAAACCAAAGAACUAUCCUCCAAGUGGUAAGAGACGUUAA